UGAUAGGGAUCAUCAGAAAGCUGACUGGGUCAGUAUCCACAAGCAAAUAUGCCAGCUGCUGAUCCCAAUCCGCACGUCCCUCCCGUGUCCCCCUACGGAAAGAGAGAGAAAGCAUGGCAUGGAGCAGCUGCUGAGGAGGCAGAAAUACAUCAUUGAGGUGGCGUACAGCACAGCCCAGGAGUUUGUUUGGGAUGGGAAGCACGAGAAAGCGCGGCCGGCAGCUCUGCAUGCGCUGCGCUUCGGCAUCGAGGUGUACGGCUCCGAUUCCCUGCAACUGGUGCCUGCUUAUCUCCUCUUGGCUGAGGCCUCCACUGGUGCUGGACAUCUCCCAGAGGCGUCAAAGUAUCUAUCCCAAGCCGAGUGGAUUGUCCUCAGAACCCCAGACUGCAGUGCUGCUGUUCAGUACAAAUUGCAUCGUAGUCUGGGGCUGUUCUGUGCUGCUCAAGGAAACUUUGAACAGGCUUUAUACCACCUGGCAAACGAUGUUUACCUUGCUAGUUCUGCAUUUGGACUAAAGUCUCUUGAGGCCUCUGGAGGUUAUUUCCACAUGGCUAACAUUUUCUUCCGCCAGAACAAAAUGGACAUAGCAAACUCGCUCUAUGCUGAGGUGGCCGCCGCCUGGGAUGCCUUUCUCCUGAAGUCACUCCAAGCCCAGCAGCAGGUUCUCAAGUCGCGACCGGAAAUGUCUCUGUUGACCGAGGACAGGGAAGUCAGCGAGGAGCCCAUGACUGAAGCCCAGCAAGUAGAAGGAAUCCGAGUGCUGACUGCCAUAUUAGACAUCAGAGAACAGGCACCAACACAACAACCUGGGGAAACUGCCAGAGUCCUGCACGCUCUUGCCAUGCUUCACUACCUGCUCAUGGAUCUACCAAAGGCUCGGGAGCUGGGGCUGAAAGCCUUUGAGCUGGUGAAACAACUGCCCCAGCAGGAGCGUCUAGAACCCCUCGGGCACUUGUUGAAGCUGAUGAACGUGGAGCCUUCCUCCACAAAAUGA